CCACAUUCAUUCUCAAGUGUCUGCUCCUCGCAUUCCCCGAGAUUCUCAUUUACUUUCACCUCUAUUUGGUACGUACUUUAAAUUAUAGUUAUAAUUUCGUUUUCAUUAUUCGUUUUGUUCACAUUUGGUUUCGUAAACAUAUAGACAAUCUUAUAUAUAUAAUACAGUAUAUUCGAUGUUUUCUCUAUAUUUAUCCUCGCAGUUUAAAGGAUGAUUCAUACGUGGGAUCUACAUACAUACAUGCAUAUUUAUUAGUUAAAAAACUUAUUUUAAACAUUAAAUUACUUCGAUAGCUAGACAACAAUCAUUAUAUAAAGCUGGUUUAAAUUAUAAUUAUAUAUCUAGUCGACAGUUAAAAAUAAAAAAAAACGAGAUCUAUAAACAAACAUUCCCAAAUGUUUUCAUCACUCUCAAACCACUGUUCACCACAUUCAAUGGAUUGCGAGAUCUACUCAAGCUCUUCUUCUGAAAACCCUAGAGACCACGUCCAAUCCCUUGAUCUCUUUCCUAACAUCACUCAAAACCCUAAUAACAACAAUACCCGAAUCGAACCUUUACCGCUUAUCGAUAGGAUCAACUUAAACUCAAACCUAAACCUAAAACCUAGGCCAUCGUAUGUUGGCGAAGGAGAUGACGAGGUAGAAGAUGAAGAGGACGUUGUUGUGGACGUGAGCUUACACAUCGGCCUUCCUGGUUCCGGUAAUUCAAGCAAUGGGAAAGAGAUUGUCACUUACGAUGCCGGAAAAGACAUCGAAAAUGAAGUUUCCGGCAAGGCAUAUUGGAUUCCGACGGUGGAUCAAAUUAUAAUAGGCUUCACUCAUUUUUCUUGCCAUGUAUGCUUCAAGACAUUCAAUCGCUACAACAAUCUUCAGAUGCACAUGUGGGGCCACGGUUCACAAUACAGGAAAGGACCAGAGUCACUGAAAGGGACUCAGCCAAGAGCCAUGCUAGGCAUCCCUUGUUACUGCUGCGUUGAAGGGUGCAGGAACCACAUCGAUCAUCCUCGGUCCAAGCCACUCAAAGACUUCCGAACGCUCCAAACGCACUAUAAGCGCAAACACGGCCAAAAGCCUUAUGCGUGUCGCAUUUGCGGUAAGCUCUUGGCAGUUAAGGGAGAUUGGCGAACUCACGAGAAGAACUGUGGGAAACGUUGGGUUUGUGUUUGCGGUUCCGAUUUUAAACACAAACGCUCCCUUAAAGACCAUGUUAAGGCUUUUGGACCUGGUCAUGGGUCUUAUCCGACCGAUUUGUUUGAUGAGCACUGCUCAUACUCUUCUGUCUCUGAAACGCACUUUUAAAACUUGUGCAUUGAUCGUGUUUUGACUUGUGUGAAUCAUUUAUUACUCUAAAAGAAUGUGUGGUAUCUGUUUAUUUCGAAUUUGGAAAAUAUACUAACAUGAUACCUGCACCAGUCUGGAUAAUGACGAAACUAUUAUCAAUGAAAUUGUAAUAGUUCUUAAUUUUUGAAUUCUAAUUGUACGCUACCUUUUUAUAAUCCUAUAAACUACUAUUAUUAGGUUGAACUUUAGAUUUAGAAACUUUACAGUUAAAUCUAGUUCGUAAGAUUUUUUGAGGUAGUUAACUAAUAAAGUUGUAAUAAUGAGAAAGAAAAUAAAAAGAAAAGAUAUUCUUCGAACAAUAUUUUUUGCUUUAGAGAACAUGAUUUUUACAUCCAUUCUUUUUUUGCUUUGAAUUUAAAAACUGAGUAUUAUAGAAUUAAAAGUUUUAUGAUUGGAAAUAAAAACUAAAAUAAUUACAUUUGCUACAAUCUAACCAAUCACUCCUUAAGUCUUUUAAACAUUACGUGGGGCUUAUUGGAUCAUGGAUUUCACAAAAUAUUUGGAUUUUGUCAAAUUUUCCCUUAUUGGAUAAAGGAUUUACGAAAACCUUUUCAAAUCUUCCCUUAUUGGAUUUAACAUUUGUAAAACUCCUAUCAAAUCACUUCUUAUUGGAAAAUAUGGAUUUCAUAAUGAGAUUCAUCAAAAGUUAUUUUGCAUUGUUAAAAGAUGGCAUUUACCCUUCAAAUUCAAUAGAAAUGAAUACCACCUAAAUAGAUGGAAUUUAGAAAAAAAACACAAUUAUUUAAAAAGAGAGUGUAGCUGAGAUUGGGAGAAAAUCAAUUAAUGAGAAGAAGAUGAUUUGAAGAAGACGAGCGUCGCUGAGGUUGGGAGAAAAAAACUUUUGUCACCGUCAUCGUCUGAUAGAUGGUUCCUUUGAUGAGCUAACAAGGGAGAUUUCAACAAGAAGAAGAUGAUAUGCAACGUGUAACCUUCUCGACCCUCCUGGCAGAAAUCCAAUCUGCAGCAAAGCAAAUGUACGCUUCUCGACCCUGCUUGCAGAAAUCUAAUUGCAGCAAAGCAAUUUACUCAAACGAGCUGUGGUGACGUAACGGAAGCCGCAUAGAGAAAGUGAAGAUCAAAGCCAGGAGUUGCAGCAUCUGAGGCAGAAUAUUGUUAUACCAGGAACAGCUUAGAACUCUUAAGGUGAAUAAUUAUGCUCUUCGGCUUCUUCUGAAACAAGCACAACAGAACAAUAGUUCCAUCCUGACGUGUUUUAAUGUUUUGUCAUUCAGAGAAAAUGCACAGAUUUAUAUCUAAUUUCAGUUUUAAGUGUUGUUGUAUGUUUCUUCUUCUCAGUUGAGUUGUGACCAUUUGUUAUACACGAAUUCUGGAAUGGUUGAUGAAUGGCUAUAGUUGGCGAACCACAGGUCUCUGAAGCAAUUGUAUUUUUAGACAAAGCUUUGAGACAUAUAUGUAUUAAAGUUAUAAGUUUAUUCCAUACAACCGAACAGAACAAAACAUAAGUACAUAUAUACAUCUUAAUCUACUAGUAUCCACACAAGUAACUUAAACGUUCUUAAUUACGUUUAUAUAUCUCAUCAAGUAUAUAAAAGAGGUAGUAUUAGCAGCUCAGUUACAGUAGAGAAAGGUUGUUUCAAACUUUUGUGGUUUAUAAGUGGGUAAAACCUGUUUUGCUUUUCUAGUAAGUUACUUGAGCAACUCUGUAUAUUUCUAUAUGAUCUUAUACCCACCAAAAUAUUAGUUUAUACUUAUGGAUGAUUAAGAAUAUAAAAGCAACUGGUUUUAAUGUUUUGCUGAUCCAUUAGAGUUUUUGAGAGAUGCUGUGACUGAUCUUUCUCUUCACUAUUUGGCUAAAGCUAAGAUUAUGGUGAUUAAGGCUGUUGAGAGGGAUGAGAUGACUUUCUCACCAAGAUAUUGAACUGUUUGCCGAUCUCUAAUAUUGAACAUUUCAGAGCUGAGAACCUUGCCAUUGCUGAUCUUGUUGAAGAAGCUUCACUUGGAGAUAUAAAAAUUUUGAAGAUCAUUGUAAUCAAAGAUAUGGGGACAACAACCUCUGUUCUUGUCUGUGGUUCCAAUCAGCUUGUUCUUUAUGAAGCCGAGAGGAGUCUACACGAUGAUUUAUGUGUUGUCGUGUAUGGUGAGCAAGAGGUUUUUGACUUCAGGAGGUGGUGCACCAGAGAUUGAGCUCUCAAGGAAGCUAGGUGCUUGGGCUAAGAUUCUCCAUGGAAUGGAAGGUUUUUGUGUGAAGUUUUUCGCUGAAGCUCUCUGGUUAUUUCCUUACGCGGUAGCUGGGAAUGCAGGUUUGAAUCCUAUUAAUAUAAACCUAAUAGAUAUAUUACGUUUUUGUAGUUUAAUGGUAACUAGGUAGUAUGAUAGAUGGUUAAAUUUAAUGUUUUAUAUUAUACUAAGGGAUUAGUGUAGGAAUGUUGAAUUUGUUAAAUUUAAUGUUUUAUAUUAUACUAAGGGAUUAGUGUAGGUAGUAUGAUAAAUGGUUAAAUUUAAUGUUUUAUAUUAUACUAAGGGAUUAGUGUAGGAAUGUUGAAUUUGUAAUCCGGUCUGGUUUCAGUUUAUUCUUUAAAGUGUGGAGUAAAAGAAUUAAAAUUUCUUCAUAUUGCUUUGUGUUACCAUUCAUUCAUACCAAAAAUAUAGUUUUUGAAUACAUAACAUCAGUUGGUUAUGUAUGGAUGUAUGAUUGUUCGGUAUGAAUCGCAUGAGUGGUUGAGUGAGAAAAUGAUAAGAAUCUUCUAACUUCCUUGUGAAAGGAAUGAAUCAAACUGAUUCACAAGAUCUUUUCUGACAGAUGCGUUAAUCUUAACAUCCUACACAUAAAUAAAAAGAUAGUCAAAACUAAAUUAUGAAACAAAAGUAAUUUCAGUUUUAGUAAGAUGAAGAUUAUGGAACACUCACGUUGGAGUCGAUUAGAACCAUCUCAAUCAUUAUGCCACCAGCAGCAGAAUAAUGCUUCUACAAACUAAUGAUCCUCACCCGAAUCUUUCACAUUGGCUUGAAUGGUUUCAAAUUUGACACAUGACUUAUGGAAUAAAAGUUCGGGGUUCUGAUGUUUUAGAGCUGUGAAUAAAAGUUUACCCAAGUGAUUCUUAUAUACAUAAACUUGAUAAUAUACGAUAUUUAUUAAAAAGAUGUACUGUGAUAUAUGCGUUAAUUCUUAUUCUCGAAUUGUAGGUCAAGGUAAUAUAAACUUUUCCUUAUUAUAUGUUUAUAAUAGUAUUUUACAUAUUUUAAGGUAAAUUUAUAAAAUCGUAAAUAUUUUUAUUUGAUUUAAGCAAAGAGGAUCAAUAAUGAUCGACGAUAUUUCUUUAUAUGUAAAAAAUUGCUUGGUAACUACUCUAAUAUUUAUUGCUCGUAGAUCAUCUUUAACACAUACGAUAUAAAACAAUAUUAUAAUGUUAAUAUACACCAAUUUGCCAUCGAUAAAUUUUUUGAAAGAUUUCUUGUUAAUAAAUGUAAAACACAUCUAUAUUAUUAAAAGAGAAGUACCCAUUUGAAAAUGCUCAUACUUCAUUAAUUAAAUUUCCUAUUUGUUUGCUUGUCUUUUUUCAGUUCCAUUAAUGAAAUAUCCUUAAAUGAAUAUAAACUUCCUAUUUUUAUAAAUUUCCUACUGCAUUAAUUAUACUUCCUAUUUUUUUGCUUGUCUUUUUCAGUUCCAUUAAUGAAAUAUCCUUAAAUGAAUUUAAAAUAUAUAUUUUAUUUCUUGUCUUUUUAGUUGCAUUAAUGAAAUAUCCUUAAAUGAAUUUAAACUACCUAUUUUAUUGCUUGUCCUUUUUAGUCAUAUUAAUGAAAUAUUCCUAAAUAACUUAUGAGUGUUAAUAAUAAAACUCAUAAGAUAUUCUUACGCGCAUAAUUUUCAUAAUGGAGAUUUUUCAAAACGUGCAUCAUUAAAAUGUUAUCUAAAACAUGCACCACUAAUAUAUAACAUGCAUCAAUAAAACUAAAUUUCGACCCACAUAAUCGUAUGGGUAUUAUUUUUGAGUUGAUUAAAUUUAAAAAUAAUUAUUUAUUCAAAAAAUAUUUAAGAAUGAAUAUGUUUGUAAAACAAUUUAUAUGGUAUUAUUGCUCCUAUCGAUAAUAUAACAUUAAACUUCUAAAAAGAUUUUUCAAAGGUUUUGUUAUAAUUGUUUUAAAAAAAUAUAGAGUUGCAUUCCAAAUAAAAAGGUAAAAAUAUUUAAAAAUAUUUUAAUUAAAAUAUGUAAAAUUUAAUAUAGUUUUUUAUGAAAUUAUUCAGAUUAAAAAAUUCACACAUAAAAGAAAUGAUGACUUCUGUUAACUGGACGGGUCAUUGUUUAUAUGAUAUCGCACACGUAAAAAAAAUUAUGUUUUUACAAUUUUCUAAUUAACUCUGUAUACUCAAUUUGCUUAUAUGAUACCUCACACUCGUCAAAAAAUAGAUAGUUUAAGAUGCAAAAAAAAUAUUUACUUAGUGAAUAUAAUAUGAUCAAAUAUUAAAAAUAUAUCAUUUAAUAAAAUAAAUAAUCAAAAACCAAAAAUUCAUCAUCGCACUGGCACGCGUGUCAGUGUCUAGUCUUAGCUUUAUUAUACAUACAUUAUUAUAUAUAAUAGUUAGAAUUAUGUUCCUGUUAUAUGCAUGGAAAAAAGUAGAACGUAACAUAUAAACCAUAUACAAUAUAAAAUAACGUAACGGCCUAAAAUUAUACGAUAUAACUAAUUUUAGCACAACCUUAUAACUAACUUAUACUAUAUAGAGUUGAUUAUUAAGAUACCAAAGAAGCCGUGUCAUCCACUUCCCUGUCUCCACUGUCCCUGCCAAUGCACACGUCGUGUAUAAAUCACGAUCCAUCCCUAGAAACUUUGAAGAUUGACACAAAAGACAAUAGCUAAGCUUCCUCUCACACUCCUUACACAAACACAUAUGCUUACAUGACAACAACAAAAUACAUUCCUCUCUCACUCCAUAAAACUGCACAUCAUCGUCGUCGUUGUACUGUUUCCCCCAUUGAAUCAAGCGUGUCAUCCACUUUCCUGGCUCCACUUCCUUCGAUGCUAUCUCUUCGUCGAGCGUGAGUUCCCUCCGGAUUUUAGUUGAGAGCAGCGAUCAUGUACUCGCUGCACUUUGCACGUUGUUGCCCUAGCUCAUCUUCCAUUGCUAUUUGUUCGAUACGCACCUCAAGUUCUUUUCUCUUUUUUUUUUAUAUCAUCUCGAGUUCCUCAUCUUUCUCAGGGAGUUUCUGAACAACUAUUUUCUCUAUGAGGGAUAAUGUCUUCUAUUGACUCAACUGGAUCUUCUCGAGCAUCGCAUGAGUAGUUAGUCUCCAUGUUAAAGAGAACCUGUUAAAGAGAAAACAAAUCAAUAGAUCUAAGAAGCUAACACAAUAGAUGAAUCAUCCAAGGAUAAUGUUCAUUACGCAAAACUCGUUUUGUUAACCAACUUCAAAACGUGAUAACUCACAACAGAACUGAGUUGUAAUAACUCGCAAGAGAACCGAGUUGUGAUAACUCACAACAGAACCGAGUUGUGAUAACUCGCAACAAUACUAUAAGAUGAAGGUGAAUGUGAUAACUCGCAACAGAACCGAGUUGUGUCUCUACACGAAACUGAUCGAGGAAGAUGGAAGCUCAAGUACUCUUCGAGCAGCAACACCUCUCGUCUCUAUAUUAUAUUUAGCAUGAUGAAGGUGAAAAAGCCAUGAGUCCGUAGACAUGAAAAAGCCAUGAGUCUAUAGACAUGAAAAAGUCAUUUAAUAUAAACCGAAAAAGAAUCAAAAAAAGAAAUAAAUUAUGGUAUUAAAGUCAACGCUUUUGUGAGAAGCCCUCACAGCGCGACACGUAUGCAAAAUUGAGAAUAAAGCCUUCUCAUGUAUCCAUGUCAAAAUAACCAAGAGAGAAUUAAGGAAAACCUUAAAAAAUGUUUCUCCUUUAAUAUAUAGGGGAUAUUAUUAUUAGAAUAUAUAAUUUUAAAAGAUCUUAU